AUGUCUGAUGCGUUGGUGUCUACGGAAGUUUUAAAUACGGUGGAUAUUCAAGAAAAUGAAGAAGAAGUAAAUGCAAAGAUUUUUCCUUUGGCUUCCCCCGAAUUGACAAAUCAAAUUCUGGAUGUCAUCCAAAGAGCAACUGUAUAUAGGCAGUUAAAGAGGGGUGCGAACGAAACUGUCAAAAGUCUCCACAAGGGAAUAUCAGAAUUGGUAGUUCUUGCUGCUGAUGCAAAGCCACUGGAAAUUAUUUCGCACAUUCCGCUUGUCUGCGAGGACAAGAAUGCACCAUAUGUCUACGUCCGCAGCAAAAUGGCACUCGGAAGAGCCUGUGGAAUUUCCAGAUCAGUCAUAGCAACAUCGAUAAUAACUAAGGAUGGUUCCCCUCUAGAGACACAAAUAACUGAGUUGAAAGAUUUAAUAGAACAGAUGCUAAUUUAA